AUAGGACGGGCUCCAGAGGAAGGAGGGGUUCCAGAGGAAAGAGCUGCAUUUUUACUUUCACUGUCGUUUUCUGACCUGUGCGUGAUAAAAGGAGUGAAUAACGGGGGAAGAAGAAGGAGAGAAAGAGAGUCUGAGGAUGCCACAAUGGCUGCAAGUGGAUUAAACACGUCGUCAGGUGACACCCUCCAUCUCUCAGGGCUGAGGAUUGUGCUGCUGGGAUGCAAAGAUGCUGGGAAAAGUUCAGCAGGAAACACCAUCCUGGGCAGAGAGGAGUUUGACCUGAGGAGAACUGCUCAGUGUGUGAAGAAACAGGGAGAAGUAGCAGGGAGGCAGGUCACUGUAGUCGACACUCCAGGCUGGUGGGCUAAUCAACCUGUAGAGAGGACUCCUGAGCUGGUUAAACAGGAGAUUGUGCUCAGUGUGUCUCAGUGUCCCCCAGGACCCCACACUAUCCUCCUGGUCAUACGGGGGGAUCUUUCAUUCACUGAGAAACACAGCAUAUCAAUAGAGGACCACCUGGAGCUUCUCAGUGAGAAAGUCUGGAGUCACACUAUAGUGCUGUUUACCCAUGGGGACUGUCUGGGAGACACAACCAUUGAGCAGCAUAUUCAGAGAGAAAGGGAGGCCCUCCAGUGGCUUGUUGAGAAAUGUGGAAACAGGUAUCAUGUCCUCAACAAUGAGAACAAGGGUGAUGUCACUCAGGUCACAGAGCUGCUGGAGAAGAUAGAUGAGAUGGUGACAGGAAACAGAGGAGGACAUUAUGAGAUAAAGAGAGAGAUACUACUGGAGAUAGAAGUGAAAAGAAGGGAAAUAAGGAGAGAGCAAAACAGAGACUGAUGAAGGUUCAGGAACAGAGAAAGACCCUCAGAUCACCAAUGGGGAUUCAGGUCAUUGCCAUAUAUGACUAUGAGGCAGCUGAUGACGAUGAGUUGAGCUUCUCAGAGGGUCAGCUGAUCAACGUGCUGGAUAAAGUUGACCCUGGUUGGUGGGAAGGAGAGCUCAACGGGGUCACAGGACUGUUCCCUGCCAAUUACGUCAAGAUUACCACCAUGGAAUCUGACCAACAAUGUGACUCCCUCCAUCUCUCAGAGCUGAGGAUUGUGCUGCUGGGAUGCAAAGAUGCUGGGAAAAGUUCAGCAGGAAACA